AUGCUUUUAAUUCUAGAAACAGUUCCAUGCACAAAUGAUCAUCAUCACGACGAUGACAAUUCCUCUUCCUCACAGCAAUCAUCAUCAAUGAGUUAUGUGCAACGAGUGAAUAUUCAUGCCCUGCACAAGCACGGCUAUAAACUCUAUGAUCAUCGUAAUAGACCUCAGAAACCACAACUCUUCAGCACCUGUGGUUGGAUCCCAACCAGUUAUCUGACAACCAUUCUGCCAGAUCCAUUGGUGUGUAGUCCCAAUAAGAGUUUGGAUCUGGGAAGGGCACUCGUUGAUAGAGAAGAAGAUAUUGAACAAGCAGAGCAGUAUCAGAAGGAGCAUGGUAUGAGGAUGGAUAAUUAUGAGAGUUUCUGUAGGGAUAUGUAUCGAUUUGAGUGUUGGAAUGAUGUGGAGAAGGUCAGAGGAGGAGAAUUGGAUCGAUUGGAGAAGGUUUCCACACAGCAAUGUCAUGUACAUUGUUUGGAAGCUCCAAAAUAUGAUGAGUUCAAUAUUGGUGUGGAAAGUUUUGAGAAGGAGAAGGAGGAGUGGAAGAAAUUGGCGAGGGAAAAGUUUAAGGACUGUAGAGAUGUAUUCUUUGUGAAGAAUUCGAAACAUCCUGGAUAUUUGCAUUGGCUCAUUAGGAGUGCCUACAUUUCAGAGACAAUUAUUAAUGCUCUGAAUGCCUUUGGAGAUCGUCCUUGCUUGGGUUAUCGUAGAAGAAUUUCUGCAACUGAAUUUGAAACUUUUCAUAGAUGGUUCACUUUCGAACAGUUGCAUGAACGAGUGAUGAGAUUUGGUUUGGGUCUCUAUCAAUUUGAAAAGGAAUUUUUAAAUCAACCAAGACCAUUUAGUCAAGAGGAAGGCAGAGGAUUCGUUGGAAUUUGUUCGAGCAAUAGAGCCGAUUGGUUUGUAGCUGAUUGGGCCUCUCUCACUCAGAGUUUCAUUUCUGUUGCAUUGCCUCAAACCAAAGUCGAUUGCAUUAGUGAAGAUAUUGUGAAUAUGGAAAGUGUUGAUGUUUUGAAAAGUAUUUCACAUGAAAUUAUUUGCAUUAUCAACAAUUCACAAAUUCCAUUAUUGGUUUGCAGUCGUGAUUUGACAGUCAAAUUUUUGAAAUUAAUCAAACAUGGAUUGAUUCCUUCUGUUAAGGUAAUUGUUCAAAUGGAAGAUUUCCUUGUAAAGAAGGAAGAAUUUGAUGAAACAAGUUAUAAGAAUGCAGGAGAGGAAGAAUUGACCAAAUAUUUGAAAAAUUUGAGAGCUGUUCAUCAGGGAAAAGUGAAACAACAUGCUAAGAAAUUAACUUCUCAAGAUGAUUCCACGUCAUCACCACUCUAUUAUCUCAUGAAGAGUCGCUAUAAGAAUUCAAAUCUUAAUAUGAAUGUUUCCAUUGAGGAAUUGUGUGAUUUUAAUAAGAGCGAUGAUGAAUUUGUCAUUCACAAUUACAUUUCUGAAAAUGAUAUCAACUUGGAUUGUAAGUCAAUCAUGUUAGCUAGAGAACUCUCGAUAGAAUUGACAGAUAUGACAAGUAUCGAAUUGAGUACUUGCAAGGACUAUCCAACUUUUAACAAUGCGCUCAGAUUUAACAUUAGAACUAAUAAUUCAGUGAACGACUUGACCACCAUUGUCUAUACUUCUGGAUCGACUUCAACAGAACCUAAAGGAGCUGUCAUGACCGAUCGACAAUAUAAUGAAAAUGUACAAAUGGAAAUCUAUCAUUACCAUCCACUAGUGUUCAUUACCUAUGCUCCAUUGUCACACAUUACAGAUAGAAUGAACACUACAGCAUGCAUGGUAAAUGGUGGAAGAAGUGGAUUCAAUUGUGGAGAGAUGGAUAAGGUAUUUGAUGAUUAUCAAUCUAUUCAACCAGUGACUGAGUCAAACACUCCAAGAUUUUACAAUAUUCUUUAUGCAGAAUAUCAAAGAUUGAAAGUUUUGGAAGGUGAUUCACUCACCCCUGAAAAGGAAGAAGAAAUUAUGCAAAAGGUCAGAAAUAUGCUUGGAGGAAGAAUUAAAUCCCUCGUGACAGGUGGUGCUUCAACUUCACCACAAGUAGUUGAAUUUUUAAAGGAGUGUUUCAAAUGUAAUGUUUACAAUGGGUAUUCUUCAACAGAAUGUGGAUAUAUUGGACCAAUUGGUGUUGAUGGAGUUGACUAUUUGAGUGAGAAAAUUCAAGAGGAAAACAAACAACUUCCUAGACAUAUUAUGAAAUUGAAAGAUGUGGAAAUCAAAUUGGAAAGCGUUCCAGAACUUGGCUAUUUUAUAACUGAUGUGCCAUUUCCAAGAGGAGAAAUUUGUGUCAAGAGCUCGACUAUAAUUUCAGGAUAUUACAGAGAUACUGAAAAGACUAAACUUUCAUUCGAUUCGGAAAAUUAUUUCCAAACAGCUGACAUUGGUGAAAUUGAUAAGGAAAAGCUCAGAUUGAGAAUUAUUGAUAGAAAGAAGAAUAUUUUCAAAUUGAGUCAGGGAGAAUUCGUAGCUCCAGAAAAUUUGGAAAAUUUGUUCAUUUCCAAAACAUUAUUUGUGGAUCAAAUUUACAUUUACGGAAAUUCUGAAAAAUCCUUCCUUGUGGCUGUAAUUGUUCCAAGGAAUUUACCAUUACUGAAAGAGAAAGCUAAGAGUAUGGCUAUAGAAAGAAAUCAAAUCUUUGAAGAUUCGGAUUUAUCGAGAAAUGGUUUCAUUUACAAGGUCAUUCAAGAUGAUUUGAACAAGUGUGCAAGAGAAGCCAAAUUGGAAUCGUACGAAAUUCCAAAAGGUUUCAUUAUUGAGAUGGAAAUAUUCACUCCAGAGAAUGGUAAAAUGACAGCAUCUUACAAGCUUUGUAGACCAGCACUUGUAAAGUCUUACAAGGAAGAUUUAGAGAAAUUGUAUAAGGAAAUUGAAGGAGAAGAUAUGUCCACUCUGGAUCAAGUUUCCAAUAAGGUUCAAUUGGAGGAAUUUUUGAAAAAACUAUUCGAAAGUGGAGGAGUUGUCGAUUCGUUGAGCUCUGUUCGAUUAUCCAACCUUCUGUCACAGAAAUUCAAUGUAAAACUUGGUGCAGAUAAAAUCUUACAAGAAUGCAAGAAUAAUGAAAAUCCAGCACUUGCCAUUAUGGAAAUGAUUGAGAAGCUGCUGGAAAAUGGACAAGCCCAAGAUGAAUUAUUUAGAAAUGAUGAAGAGUUGUUGCGGGAAGUUAAAGAUCUCAUCAAGGAUAUUCCAAUAGUUGACGAAACUCUUUCGAAAACUAUCGAACUGAAUAAGAAUAGAAAUAUUUUAAUCACUGGAUCAACUGGAUUCAUUGGAGUUGGAUUGGUAUGUGAGCAAUUAUUCAGCAAUCCAGAAUCCAAUUUGACAUGUAUUAUAAGAGGAAAAUCAUUGGAUAAUGAAAGGGAAAGAUUAAUCAGUAAUGUAAUGAAUUAUUGUUAUCAUUUUUCACCUGAAGAGAAGAAAUCUCUAUUGGAAACAUUUAAUAGUCGAGUUUCAGUAAUUUUAGGAGAUAUUUCAAUGAAUAGAUUUGGACUAGAUCAAGAUAUUUAUAACAAAUUAGAAACCGAUAUUGAUACAGUCAUUCAUUGUGCAGCCAAUGUCAACUUCAUCAUGAAUUAUACUCAACUUGAAGCACGUCAAUGUUCAAAGUGUUAUUGA